CUUUUAAUCAGACAAUCCAUCUUGAAAUGACCAACAAACCGCCUUGUGUCGUCUGCAAGACACCCGCAGCUACUCGUUGCUCCUGCUGUAGAAUAGCACAUUAUUGCUCUCCCCGAUGCCAGCGUAAAGAUUGGCCUUCGCAUAAGAUUGCAUGCACACCUGCGGCGUCACAGCCUUCCGCUAGUGGAACAGUGUCAAACACAAUUCAUGACUCACAUUCGGUAGAUCCCAAAGUAACUUCAGUACCAACAGGUCCAUCAAGACCAUUGGAAUCAUCUGGAUCAGCAGGGCCAUCAGGAUCAACAGAAUCAUCAGGAUCACCAGGAUCAUUACGGAAUCAUAAAGCGCCCCCACAGGAGUUGAGUACAACACUGAAGUUCGUGUAUCAGCCUGCUCCAGAUGGUGUGGAUGAAAACUUGGUUAUUUUUUUUCAUGGACUGGGUGACAAGAUCAAGCCGAAUUUUGUAAAGUUGGCUCAAAGUCUACAGUUGCCGCAAACUGCAACAUGCUGCAUCCAGGCACCUACCCCGGUUCCAUACUUGGAAGAGGAAGGAUGGCAAUGGUUUCCAUCGUUUAAUGUCUUGACAGGAGAACUUCUUGGACCAGAUAGUCCCGAGAGAAUGCUUCAAGUGCAGCAGACUGUAAGACCACAGCUGGUCAAGUUUAUACAGCAUUGUAUUGAUCACUCUGGAUAUAGUCCUUCCAAAAUAACACUCUUUGGAUUCUCACAAGGAGGAGAAAUUGCGCUAGAUUUGGCGGCUUUUGGUGGCUUCAAUCUACGGGCAGUGAUAAGCAUUGCGGGAUAUUUGAUGGAAGAAUCCCAAAAUGCUGUUCCAGCCACCAAAUUAAGUACAAAGGUUCUGAUUAUGCAGGGGGACAGAGAUGACUUGAGAUCGAUAAAAGCUGCAAAGGAUCGCUUCAAGUACGUCCAGAGAGUGUUUGGAAAGGCCAAUGUGGAUCAAAAAAUUAUUGAGGGUAUGGGCCACGGUAUGCCAAGCAGUGAGUCUGGAUGGAGACCAUUGAUGGAGUUCUUUGCUUUGAACCUGGAUAAUCGUUCAGUGACUCUAGAGAGUAUGGCAGACGUGGUUGAACUCAAGGCAUAGAAAUAAUGAUCAUCGAGAAAGAUGCGUCGUGGGUUUGAUGCAUGAUUGUAAAUAAAGUUCGCUAGUCUUGAAGAGCAGGUGGCAGCUACUAGCG